AUGUGCAUCAAUUGCUAUCGUGAUUGGAACACAAGAUCAGAGUCCUGCCCCUUUUGUCGAGGUAGCUUGAAGAGAGUGAAGUCACGAGAUUUAUGGGUUCUCACUUGUAGUGAUGAUGUGGUUGAUGCUGACAUAGUUUUGAAGGAGGACCUCUUCCAUUUCUACCUCUACAUGAACAACCUGCCUAAAGAUUACCCAGAUGACCAUUUCUUAAUGCAUUAUGAAUACCUAAUAUGA